CGAUACCACCAUCUGUGACUACUUUCUUCCGACAGCGCUGCGUUUGCGCCCUAUCUUACCACGACCACAAUCGACCACGUCACUCGUCAAACGAACCGAACAGGACAUCACCACCGCUGCAGCCAGCGACCGGACAUUCGAUGAUCGACUAGACGCCUUACUGCAGCCUGCGGGCCACUUCCUCACCCUCCUCCACCAUGGACGACCCCGUAGACUUCCCGGGCAGCCAUGCCAAUCCUUCCGACGAUGCGCCCGAUAUCAUGAACGAUCCUACAUUCAAUCCCGCCCCUCCGCAGCGACGAGACACUGCAUCUUCGAUCAGGACGGGCACUGAUGGCGGCCAGGCCGGAGAGACGUGUCGCAUAUGCAGAAGCGAGGCUGCUCCCGGAGAACCUCUGUUCUACCCUUGCAAGUGCAGCGGCAGUAUCAAGUUCGUCCAUCAGGAGUGUCUCAUGGAAUGGCUCAGUCACUCGCACAAGAAGCACUGCGAAUUGUGCAAGACUCCUUUCCGUUUUACCAAACUCUACGAUGCCGGCAUGCCAAAGACACUACCUUGGUCCGUCUUCCUGAAAAGAGCAUGCAUACAUGUCGCGACCAUGAUUGUCAACGGCUUGCGCGCCAUCCUGGUUAUGAGUGUCUGGCUCGUCGUCCUACCUUUGCUAAUCCGCACCGCGUGGAGAUGGAUUUUUUGGUUUGCAGACGCCGGAUGGGCACGUGAGGACUACAUACGGAGCAUGCAGGCGGCAGAUGUUGCCUCGCAAGCACAGUCCCAAGGGUCAGAAUUGAUCAACGAUGUGUCUGCCGGAAUUCAAAACGCCCUGUACGAUGCCUAUGACAAGUGGUUCGGUACGGUGGACUGGAAGAAUACCCAGAACAGUGCGAGCGCUGCUGCGACCACUGCUCUGGAUGCAGUAAACCAGACUGCCGCGUCUAACAUUUAUAAUGCGACCUUGUAUCACUCGCACGCCGACGUAUCCAUCCUUUCGUCAUGGACCUACUUAUCUGAGCUUACUUCCAGUACCAAGGCUAAUCGCCUCAUCCUUGACGUUUUCGAGGGUCAACUCAUCACCUGCGUCGUCAUCUUGGGCUUCAUUCUGGUGUUUCUCAUUCGCGAGUGGGUUGUGCAACAGCAGCCCCUAGUCAACCUGGAGCAGAUCAAUAAUGAACAACGGGAGCAUGACCAACUUGUGCAGAGACGGGAUCGCCUUCGUAGGCAGGCGCAAUUGUUAGAGGAGGCACGUGCUAGACUUGCUGCUCUCCAGACGGAGACUGGCACUGAGGAGACCUCCAAUGAUCAUUCUGUGCCAUGGGAGCAGUUGUACGCCAUGGUGGACGCUGCAACUAGUGAGUUUGGCGAAGAUGAGGAGUCACGUAAUCGAUUCGCGAUCAAGGCAACAGAGGUGCUGCGUCAUGUUCUUGCUGCCGAAAAUGCGGGCUCCGACGCCGGCGUUUUGGCUGACAAGGUGUACGAGAAGCUACGCACGCUCUCCGACGACGAGCGAGAGGCAUGGGAAGAAGUGCUGCUUGCUGAGCUCGAGGCUCGAGGUGCGCGAAGGCAGGAUAACGGUGCCCUGGUGGAUGCAGCUCAGAGUGGCUCUCAGGAGCAGCAAGAUGGCGACUGGUCUGACAAUGACAAUGUUCCGCCAUUGGCCGGAAGCUCAACAAGCCAGCGGAGACCGCCGAUGCCUACACGCGCCACCUCUUCAGCUGCAACCCAUAUCAAGCGAAUUCUGGAAGAGUCCAACGGCGAUCCUAUGAGUGUAGCAGGCCCGGCAACGUCGCCGACCGCUUCGCUUCAGCAAUCCUCAGAAAGCGCCAGUCUCGUGAGUGCGCCUUCGUUGAUUGAUGGCAGUCCCAUCGAAGGAAGCUGGAUAUCCUGCAGUCCGCCAAGUAGAAGGCAGUCUACGAAUGAUGUCUCGAUGGCUGCAGCGCCUGCUGCUCCUGAGCUUCAUGAUUAUGCAAUCACGAAUGAGAUCCAGACCGACAAGGAUGUAAUACCGAUCACUAAUGCUGGACCUGAUGCCAAGAUCAAUAUCAAACGCAAGGACAAAGGCAAAGCUCGACUGGUGGUGCCAGAGCCUGCAGAAGCUAAGAAGACAUCCAAGCUCAUCACAACUGAUGAUCUGAAGAAGCGUCUUGCAGAGAAAUUGAACGAGAUUGAGGAUGGAAACUCGCAGUCCGGAGGCCUCCGAAGCUCGAAUGGGGAUGAAGCAGAACAGACUAACGGGCACGCCGAACCGCAGCCUACUAGCUCAAAUGACAAUCCUUUCCACCCGGACGGACCAGAGCCGGAGUCAUCAGUACCAGUAAUAUCAUCAACACACGACAGUGAAAGCGUUCCCCCAAGCACGAGCAUUGACGAGGAUGAGCAAGCGCAAAUUCGCCGCGCUGAGCUCGGACCUGAAGCCGCUGAAGGGACGGAUCAGGCACCUGCACAACAGCUCGCCCAGCCGCAGGUUCACGCUGGUGCACCGCUGACUACAGCACAAUGGCUUGUGAAUUGGUUCUGGGGCGACAUCCAGCCUCAAAAUGCCCCAGAGCCAGUGCCCACGGCUGGCGAAGAACGUAUCGAUGCAAAUGAUCCUGCAGAGGCUCCUUUUGUCCCUGUGCAAGACGGGAUACCUGUUCCUGGUCAGAACAACGAAGUCGAGGCUGAACACGAUCAGCAUGAUGCAGAAGUUGUCCAGGCAGCGCAGCAAGCCGGGCUCGAUGCCGAAGCCGUGGAGGAUGCCGAGGAUCUGGAAGGUAUUCUCGAGCUCAUUGGACUUCAGGGCCCCCUUAUAGGCCUUUUCCAGACUUCAUGCUUCUGCUGCGUUCUGGUCAUCGGUUCAGUGGGGUUGACUGUCGCAAUGCCAUACAUGUGGGGCAAGCUGGUGCUACUCAUCAUCAACAACCCGUUCGAAACCGUGAUCAAAUCACCACUCCGCUUCAUCUCGAUGUGCACGGACUUCCUGGUUGACAUUGCACUUCUCUUGGUUGGGUGGUUUGCUGCCGCAUCUGCUCUUCUGGUGCAAUCCAUAUUUGCGUUCGGAGAGAUUUUGGUGCCGUGGUUGGGCGACUCCGAUCUUACGUCUUGGGUUUAUAAGGUGUCGAAAGCGACUGCUAGCAGUGCCUACCACCGCUUGGCUGGUGCUUUCCCGACCGGUAACGAGUCUGCAGCUGACGCUGGAUUUCAAUGGGCUUGGCUACACAUUUCUGUCGAAGCUCAUGCUACUUUAAGAACAAUCCAGAACGAAGUGAACGGUGUGCUCAAGAUGGUCGGCAAUGCCAUUACCACUGUGGUAGAGACUGUUUCUCCUGGUUCCGCUACACUCGUGUUGCAGAGUGUGUGGGACGCCCUCAAACGCGUUCUGGAGAUGACGGUACAAGUCUGCACCAAUCUCGAAACUGCCAAAGAGUACCUGCUGGCGAUCUGGAAGGCACUCCUUCCAGGGUCCGGUUCUGACAGCGCGGCUCCCUUUGAUCCCUCAUUGGUGUACUGGAACUCCAGCGAUCGAGGGUUGGCUGUCCUUGCCGGAUAUGUUGCCCUCGCAAUGCUCGCCGCCAUUUACGUGGCCAUCGACACCCCAAUAACAAGCACUCCACAACAUCAAAAGAUUGAGAAGAUUGUCAGAGACUCUCUACGCCAAGCUGGUGGGGUCAUGAAAGUGAUUCUGAUCAUCAGUAUCGAGAUGCUGGUCUUCCCUCUCUACUGCGGGCUUCUCCUGGACGUCGCUUUUCUGCCCCUCCAAGACGGCGCCUCACUAGUCACUCGAUGGGCGUAUGCGAAUCAAGCGCCUUACACGUUCUGCUUCAUCCAUUGGUUCGUGGGCACGUGCUACAUGUUCCACUUCGCACUUUUCGUUGGCAUGUGCCGCAAAAUAUUGAGGAAGGGCGUCUUGUGGUUCAUUAGGGACCCCGAUGAUCCAACUUUCCAUCCCGUGCGAGACGUUCUGGAGCGAAGUGUCACCACUCAGCUGCGUAAGAUAGCUUUCAGCGCACUCGUGUAUGGUGCGCUUGUUAUCCUCUGCCUUGGCGGUGUCAUAUGGGGCAUCGGCAGGGUAUUCCAAGGCAUCUUCCCGAUCUACUGGCUCAAAACGGAGCCGUAUGUGGAGUUCGCUCUGGAUUUGGUUUUGUUCACCAGCAUCACGCCGACGAUUUGGAACGUCGCCAAGCCAAGCAAAGUGCUACAUUCCAUGUAUUCUUGGUGGCUGCGACGUUGUGCUCGGGCACUGCGUUUGUCACACUUUCUCUUUGACGAUCGCAAGAAGGACGAGGAAGGUCAACACAUCCGUCGCACGUGGUCGAGCCUGCUCACUCUGAAAACUGCGAGGCUGGACGAAGCAUCGAUGAUUGUCUUGGUUGAUGAGAAUGAUCAAACACCAGACGUCACCUUCGAACGCAACGGCAAGUACGUUCUGACACCAUGCAGCGACCAAUACCGACCACCAAAACCUGGCGAGGCAUUCAUUCACGUGGAAAAUGACGAUGUUUACAUUGCCGACAAAGAUGGCAAGCAGAACGAGCACUUCGGCAAAAUUUACAUUCCCCCUCACUUCCGAGCGCGCAUGACGGUCUUCAUGGUCGGCUUAUGGGUCUUCUCUGCCUUCAUCGGACUGUGCUCGACUCUACUACCACUCUCUUUUGGACGCCAAGUGCUAGCAAUGACUCUACCCGAUGGAGUCGUGUUGAACGACCUCUAUGCGUACACGCUCGGCGCUUACUCCCUCGGAGGCCUCCUCUUCCUCGUCUUAGAAGGCAAGCGAGGCGUAAGAUAUGUGCGCGCGAAAGCUUCAGGAGUCGACUUCCAAGCCUGGAUCGCCGCAACCCAGAAGUUCACCGGCCAAGCGCUACGAUGCUUUUACGUCUACGGCUUCGUCUUCAUCGUCUUACCGCUGGUCUUCGCCAUGCUGCUUCAACUGUACUUCGUCCUACCACUUCACACCUACCUCCACUCAGCUGUACGGAGUUCCACGCCGUCGGUCAAACCUACUGUCGCGGAGUACAGCAUCCACAUCCUCGCCGACUCCGCACUCGGCGUCCUCAUCGGUAGAAUCUUCCUCCGCAGCAUCAUCACAGCACCUACCUCUCUCGCCGCCGAAGCCGUCCGCCGCAUCACAGCAGACGGAUACUUCAACCCUAAAGCCCGCCUCGCGACCCGCUUCGUUAUCGUUCCUGGCACGAUCCUCAUCCUCGCCGUCCUCUUCCUACCACUCAUCAUCGCCUCUUUCUUCCUCGGUCUUGUCACUUUCCUCGGACCGCGUAUGGUCUCCAACUUCGAUGGAAUCUCGGAAGAAGUCGCGAUUGUGAUUUAUCGAUACUCGUACCCUGUUGCAGCGGCUUGGGUGGCGACGCUUUGGGGUGCGGAUCAGAUUGGGAAGGCUACGGGAAGGUGGAGAGCGAGGAUUCGAGAUGAGGUUUAUUUGGUUGGGGAGAGGUUGCAUAAUUUUGGGGAGAGGAAGCCGCCGCCUAUGGGAGGGAUUGCUGUGGGGAGGAAGGGGUAGAAAAGAGGAUGGAAGAGUUGGAGGAUGAUUCUCUUUGUGGGAUUAGCGAUGGCGUUUGUUUGAUGAGCCUUCGUGGUUUUCUCGAUUGGCGAUGUAUAGAUGAGAUGACAAUCUUGGACUGUUUGGAGUCUGCCCUAUCCUGCUCUGUACCUUGUCCUAUGAGGUUUCUUGGAAUUCCCUGCGGGAACGUAUGGAGAUAUAUAAAGCUCUUUCCCUACAAUUCGAUUGGUCCCUAAG